ACACAAGUCAAAACUCAAAAUCAUGAGGCUGAGUAAAGUACCUUCUACGUGCGUGGAUCCGUGAGGAAACAAAAACCUCAGGCUCUUCCCCAAAGCUUCAAUUCUGAGACAGAGGGAGAGAGAACCGUUAUAGAUCUAGUAUAGAGAAGCUAGAGCGAGCUGGCCCGUUGAUUGGAAGAGAAUGGGAUGCUCUAUCUCGGGGCUUAACGCUCUGUACGAUGCUGUCAAUGGCGGAGGUGACGUCUGGAUCAAUGACAAUCGCUUCCGGGUCCUUCGCCAGCUCGGCGAGGGUGGAUUUGCUUACGUCUACCUCAUCAAGGAGAUCCUCUCCGAUCCGACCAAUCCCGGCGUUUCCAAGAAAUUCAAGGACCCUUCUCAUGCCUCUGACAAUGGUACCUAUGCAAUGAAGAAGGUUCUCAUUCAAAAUAGUGAACAGUUGGAUUUGGUGAAGGAAGAGAUCCGCGUCUCAUCACUGUUUAGCCAUCCCAAUCUGCUUCCUCUUCUUGAUCAUGCUAUUAUAGCUGUCAAGGCUUCCGAAGGCCAGUCUUGGAAGCAUGAAGCAUACUUAUUAUUUCCUGUCCACUUGGAUGGAACCUUGCUGGACAAUGCCACAACUAUGAAAGCAAAGAAGGAGUCCUUUUCCACCUCAGACGUUCUUCAAAUAUUUCGUCAGCUCUGUGCAGGACUCAGGCAUAUGCACAAUUUUGAACCACCAUAUGCCCAUAAUGAUGUAAAACCUGGCAAUGUCCUAUUGACACAUAGAAAAGGGCAGCCACCUCUUGCUAUAUUAAUGGACUUCGGAAGUGCCCGUCCGGCAAGGAAGCAAAUACGGUCUCGCUCAGAGGCUUUACAACUGCAGGAAUGGGCAUCUGAGCAUGUUUCAGCACCUUACAGAGCUCCUGAAUUAUGGGAUUGCCCAAGCCAUGCUGAUAUUGAUGAGAGAACUGAUAUCUGGUCAUUGGGGUGUACUUUAUACGCAAUAAUGUAUGGAGUGUCUCCCUUUGAGUAUGCACUUGGGGAGUCUGGUGGAAGUCUACAGUUGGCCAUUGUAAAUGUUCAGGUGAAGUGGCCAACAGGGCCUUCUGAUCCUAAAUAUCCGGACGCCCUUCACCAAUUUGUGAAAUGGAUGCUUCAGCCUCAAGCAACAGUUCGUCCCAGAAUCGAUGAUAUUGUUAUUCAUGUUGAUAAGUUGAUCUCAAAGUUCUCUGUUGAGACUUGAAAGAGGGGUGUGGAGUCGACCUGAAGAGACUCUGCUUUUAGUUGGUUCCCAGGUUACAUUGCUAAAAUAUAUGUAGUAUAUGCGAUAAAGAAAGCAUAGUUCGUCGGUUGUUAGGGGGACACAACAUACUGGAAAGAGGGUUUCACAUAUUUUAUAUUUGUUUUAAUUUAUUGAAUGGUCAAUUACUUGUAUUUAUUCUGCUGUGAUAAAUGAGUGCCUGAACUUCCAUGAGGACUCAGCCUAGGUAGUUAAAAAGCCAACUGGAGGUAAUAUUUAAAUUUCUCUAUCAUGUCCCUUGUGAGACUAAGGCUUCGAUGUUGUUGGUUUCGCCGUG